CAUUCAUUCCUUCAUCCACCAUUCUCCCCCCACUUUCUCUCUCUUCAACCCCAUCACUUUCUCUCUCUAAGAUCAUCAGAAAUAACUCAAGAACACCCCUCAAAUUCAAUUUUAAUAAAGUUAAUUAAAAAAGAAUGACCAUGGCAGCUGUUCAAUCCCAACCAAUUGAAUCAGAAAUCCCAUCUCUGAAUUUGAAAUCAUCAUCUCCCCUACCAAAAACAGGGGAUCACAAAAAAACAGAGCACAUCUUCAAAUCAAGACUCCCCGAUAUAAACAUCACUAAUCACCUCCCACUCCAUUCCUACUUGUUCGAGAAGCUACCCCAAAUCGGAGAAAAACCAUGUCUGAUCUCCGGCGACGCAACCGGAAGAAUCUACUCCUACGCCGAAACCCACCUCCUCUGCCGGAAAACAGCAUCCGGGUUGUCAAAACAGGGUAUCAAAAAAGGAGACGUGAUCAUGAUCCUACUCCAGAACUGCCCCGAGUUCGUUUUCUCCUUCUUCGGAGCAUCCAUGAUCGGGGCGGUUUCAACUACCGCCAACCCGUUUUACACCUCAUGUGAGAUCUUCAAACAGGUGAAAGCUUCCGGUACGAAAAUGAUCAUAACUCAAUCCCAAUUCGUCGAUAAACUCAGAGAAAACAGUGAGUUUAAAUUAGGGGAAGAUUUCAAGGUUGUAACGAUUGACACCCCACCGGAAAAUUGCCUCCCAUUCUCAGUCCUCUCAGAGGCUAACGAGGCUAAUGUGCCGGAAACCGAACUCGAUCCAAAUGACCCGGUUGCGCUACCGUUUUCCUCCGGCACCACAGGGUUGCCGAAAGGGGUGGUUUUAACCCACAAAAGCUUAUCAACCUGCGUCGCACAACAAGUCGACGGCGAAAACCCAAACAUGCAUUUAACAGAAGAUGAUGUUCUCCUCUGUGUACUCCCACUCUUCCAUAUCUUCUCACUCAACUCUGUUCUAAUGAUUGCGUUGAGGUCAGGGAGUGGAAUUCUGAUCAUGCCGAAAUUCGACAUAAAUUCUUUGCUUGAGUUGAUUCAGAAACAUAGGGUGUCGGUGGCGAUGGUGGUGCCGCCGUUGGUACUCGCAUUGGCGAAGAAUCCGACCGUCGGAAACUUUGAUCUGAGCUCCAUUAGAAUGGUUAUGUCUGGUGCUGCUCCUCUUGGUAAGGAGCUUGAGGAUGCUCUUAGAGAAAGGAUUCCUCAGGCGGUUUUAGGACAGGGUUAUGGAAUGACGGAAGCUGGGCCGGUGUUGUCAAUGUGCCCGGGAUUCGCCAAGGAGCCUCUUCCGACCAAAGCAGGGUCAUGUGGUAUUGUAGUUAGGAACGCCGAGAUGAAGAUUGUUGAUCCCGAGACCGGUGUUUCUGUAGGCUACAAUGAGGCCGGAGAAAUUUGCAUUCGCGGUGAACAAGUCAUGAAAGAAUACUUGAAUGAUCCAGCCUCAACAGCAGCAACUAUAGACAUUGAAGGAUGGCUUCACACAGGUGACAUUGGCUACGUUGAUGACGACGAUGAAGUGUACAUUGUCGAUAGAGUUAAGGAGAUCAUCAAAUACAAAGGCUUCCAGGUUCCACCAGCAGAAUUAGAAGCAAUUCUGGUAAACCAUCCAUCAAUCGCUGAUGCCGCUGUCGUCCCACAAAAAGAUGAAGCUGCUGGAGAAGUUCCUGUUGCCUUUGUUGUUAAAUCUAGUAACGGACUAGAUCUUACAGAAGAAUCAGUUAAAGCUUUUGUCGCGAAACAGGUGGUAUUCUACAAGAAGAUACACAAAGUGUACUUCGUACAUGCCAUCCCUAAGUCGGCUGCAGGGAAGAUUCUAAGGAAGGAGCUUCGAGCUCGCCUCGCCUCGCCGGCUAUCUAAAUACCUAUUAAUCAACCGUUAAAAUUGUGAAUUAAUUGUAUCAUCAAAAGUAUUUAGAAUAGAUAAUUAUACAUGCUAAUGUGAAAUUGCUUGGGGAUUAUGUAUGUCCUGUGAAAAUAAUUAUUAUUAUUGUAGCUGAGUUUGCAAGUUGUAAUUUUAUUAUCAUCCAUUUUUUUGUCUCUAGGAUUUUUUUGAUCAUUUUAUUUAUGGGGUUGUAUUGCAAAAUAAACAUUUCUUAAUUAAGUUAUAGAGGGAAACGUCAAAUAUAAUAAAAGGGAAAUUUCAUCUUUUAUGUAA